UUUGACUUUUUCAUUUCAUCCCUCGCCAGCAGUUGGAUCAAAACCAACGUAACAACGAACAAGUAUUUUUCUUCACCAAAAACAAACAACAGAAUGAAAAUGCCAAGACAUUUGGUAAAAGUUUCAGUUUCUAGCGGCGUGAAUAAAUAUCAGGAUCAUCCGAUAGCUGAUAACUAAGACAGUUUGUUAAAGUAGUUUAUUCUUGCGGAUACCAUUUGGCCUCUCCUUCUCGGUUCACAGGAAAGAAGCAAAAUCCACCUGAAGCACUUUGAUAAAAUGGUUAGUUCUGUAAACUAACUGGCAUCCUGGAUGGAAACCUUACCUUUGAUAAUCUCGCAAACGAAAAAACAAGACCGUUUUUGCGACAAAUCGAAGUUGCUUCUCAGCAACCUUGCCCGUUGCUGUUUUGUUCUUCUUCUCCUGUGGCAGAUUAUAGGGACAGUUCUUUACUUCCUGCGUGCCUACGAUUGCUGUUUAAGGGAUCGACACGCAACAUUUAGUUGCUCAAAUUUUACAAAAAUUCCUCACUCUAAAGAACUUGAACUGACAUGGCUGGUCUCCCAGGACAUAAGCAUUGGCUUGACAGCAUUUGCCCUGAGAAAAGUGCCUGAAUUUAUGGGAUUUCGCGCAAUAUUGAAAAAAGCCGUCCGAAUGCCAGCAUUUUGGAGUCUGAUGGCAUUGCAUGCAAUGCAGAUCGUGGGAUUUACAAUAAUUAUGUAUUUUAACAAAUUAACUCAUAUACAAGUAUGUCUCGUAGCUGCGUUUUGCAUGCACGGAUUAGCACUCCUUGCAAUCCUUUUCGUGCUAAAUUUUACGCCGAUAAAUCGAAUUAGACGAAGGCGUAACUACUUUGUUUUUAUACUCCUCAAAUUCACGUUACUGGUAUUUUUCGUGCAAACUUCUACAAUCUUUGUAGUUGGAUCCCUUCAGUUUACUUUUAAAGUCACUGGUUUAGAUGAGGUGGGACGAUCAGCUAAUUUCGUGACGAUUUUUCGAAAACUUCGAGAAUUUCCACAAGUUAUUUUCUUCUACAGGACAGCAACUUUCUUCUGGCACAAGUUCUUUUUGGAUAGUAGAAAUAUACUCAGCCAUUUUCAAAUGCUGAAGUCAAGGAAUGAUAUUUCGAAUAGAUUUCAUGAAUAAGAGUAUUUUUCUAUCGACCCCCAUGAAACUGAAACCAAAAUAAGCCACUGAUUUGCACAACGGAGAGAGGGUGAGACUACAGAUUUCAAAUUAAUGAAAUGUUUGACACCUUGGCAUAACUCUAAAAUACCCGUUUAAGAAACGAAUAAAAUAUUUUUGAAAGUAACUUUGACCAAUAAAUCAAGGAAUCUUCAUUCGUUUGUUUUAUUUUGGAAGAUUAAAACAGAAGUUAAUAAGAUCAUAAUAGGAAUGAAAACAGUACAAUAGUAUUUUUUUUUCUGACAGAAGAUUUUCUCCUAUGACAAAACCUAUAUACAACAUAGAUUUUAAGAUACAGUCCUGUAUAUAAACAAAGCAAGGAUUGUAAUUAUAAUUGAAAGAAACUGUACAUGAUUUAGCACAAGCGGCGGUUCUUUCCCUUUGCAGGCUAUCGUGUAUAAUGGUAACUGGUUUAUAUAUGAUAACUUUUAUCGAAAAUAAAUGUUCUGAAUAAAGAAGUGAAAGAGUA